AUGUCCAACGUCAAGACCGGCAAGAACCGCUCGGCCAUCGCCGAUGUGGUGGCCCGCGAGUACACCAUCAACCUGCACAAGAGAGAUCUGGAGGAAAUCAAUUGGACAGAGAACACGAUUCUCAGCACAACGGAGUCGGAAACACAUUUUACAUGUGCGUGUGUUCACGGUGUCAGCUUCAAGAAGCGUGCUCCUCGUGCCAUCAAGGAGAUCCGUGCGUUCGCCGAGCAGGCUAUGGGCACCAAGGACGUCCGCCUCGACCCCCAGCUGAACAAGAAGGUCUGGGAGGCCGGUAUCAAGGGUGUUCCCUUCCGUCUCCGUGUGCGCAUCUCCCGCAAGCGUAACGACGAGGAGGGUGCCAAGGAGCGUUUGUACUCGCACGUCCAGGCCGUCAACGUCAAGGACCCCAAGGGUCUGCACACCGCCACCGUCGAUGACGCUUAA